CAUAAAAACUAGUUUUAUUUAAUCAUUAAAAUAACUAUUUUCCUCGUUAGCGCCAUCAGUUUAAUAUUUAAUAGCAUAAUAUCUUUAACAAACUACAAAAACAGAUGCGAUUUUUUUGUUGUUGUUGUUUUUCAUUUUCAGUUUUUUUGUUAUUAAAAUCUCUUUGUAUGUUUACAAAACAAAUGACUAACUUGAAUUGAAACCAAUGACUAAUUUGAAUUGAUGAAUUGGUGUCUAAUACCAAAAAUAUGAUGAGUGGGUUUAAUCCGUUCCGUUCAAAGACUAUUCUUACAUAAUUUACAAAACGAUGAUCUAAAGACAAUUCCGUAUGCAUCAAUUAACUAUGUUGCAUUAAACCAGCUUUAAUUUUAGAACGAUGUCUAAUGCAAUCAACGUUUUGGUAAAGUUGUUUAGAUUUUAGUAGCACUGUACCAUGCAUAUUUACUCUUCAGUCUUUCCGUGUUGUUGGCUACGUUUGGUCAUGUGCUUCGUGCGAUUUUAUUUUUUAAAAUACAAUACGCAUAGUGUUUCUGCAUCCACAGUAUGAAGGAAUCCUCGGCACGAUACUAAUGGAGGAACAGCAUCACACCAAAGAUUUAUGUUUACAAAACGAAACCGCGACCGAAUACGACCGAACGAACUAAAAACAUUGAAUUAAAUACAAAAAUAAUCAAUUAAACCCAAACAAAUAACACUCAAAUAAUGUGUUCAUUUUCAAAUAAAACGGUGAUAUUAAACGGUAUAAUAAAAAAAUAACGUUAUUUUUAAUUUCAAAAUAAAGUUUUAAACGUUUUUCAUAUAACGAACGCCGUGCGGCCUUAAGACGCGGGCGGGAAAGAGACAGAGCUACGCUCCGAAAAUAGUGCGUUCGAAAAUAGAGAAAAAAUGCUCAGCUCGCGUUCAGAAUCAGUAUCCGGAGACGCAGCGGACGGGAACGCUGCUCAAUGGUGGCGUGCACCAUGGAAAACUAUGGCUGACCUAGCCGAGGCGGUUGACGACUUCAUAUGCAGCUUCGACUAUAUGGACACAGCCAUGGACAACCUAGUCAUGCUCAUAUUCGUCUGGAUGCUCCUCUCCAUAGUGCUUCUCGGCAUAGCCAAAUGGGCGUACGGGAAGUACGUGACAAAGACCGCCGAGGUCGAUACCAAGACUGUCAAAACGAACGAUGAACCCCCGAAAAAGUCAACCGCGAACGAAAUCAUCACCAGUGCUGACUCGGUGCUCGCGACCAGUGCUAAAGUGAAAUCCAACUCGUUUACAUCAUUCAAACCGAAGCCUUCAGGAUUCGUGCCCGCCACGCCGCCUAAUAAGAAACGUCUAGGCCGAAUGUCCCCCGGCCCUGAGCAGUUAACUUUAAAAAAACACCAAAGCAUCAUAGUGCCCACUUGCACGGGCCCCGACCAUCCGAGCGUGCAGUGGGUUAACGAACUGUUGACGUGGUUAUAUAAUGAUCUUGUUAUUGUGAAUGAACUAGUGCAGCAAUGGAUUGUGUCCAUGAACGAGUUCUCCAAAAAGUCCGUCGAGGAGCAAGGCAUCGGCGUGGAGCUGGUGCGCGCGCUGGACAGUCACCCGCCCUCCGUAUCAAACGUGUUCUGCGAGUGCGACUCCAAAGAUGAUGUCACCAUCACCUGUGACUGUGAUGCCACUCCUGCCUUCCAGCUCAAAGCCUUCAGUCAGAGGGGGGAGAAGGUGGAGGUCUCCCACUACAGAGUCAAUGUCAAUAAGUUCCGCGCCCGCCUCAACGUCGUCUGCAUCACUGAGAAGCUGACGGGUGAACUGAAAUGUGAUGGGUGGCCGGAGGUGAAGAUAGCCCUGGCUCCUGUGGGGCCACUCAGACCAAACGCUACCGAAAGCAAUUUGCAGACUGCUAUUAGUGACAUCGUGGUGUCAGCGCUAAGGAACAGUCAUCUGGAGUUCAAUCUGUCAGGAUACCCCACGUGUCCUCGUCUACGCAGACACUUCGACACCGGUCCGCGGCUACCCCUGCACUAUGAUUCUAUGUUACAACAUGAUAGACAGAUGUACACUUCGACUCCCAACUCCACAGCCGGCAGUAUGCAUCUCCUCGGUGAUAAAAGACUACUCGUCAAAGUUGUCGCUGCUAAAGAUCUAGGAGGUAAAAGUGGUUGUAUCGCUCCAUACUGCGUGGUGGAGAUGGAUGAGCCUCCACAGAAGAAUCAGACGGCCUUCAAAAGAGAGACCACUUGCCCACAAUGGGAGGAACACUUCCUAUUUGACCUUUCUCCUCAAACUGCAGAGCUUCUAUUCGAAGUUUACGACCGGACUGGACCUCCAUCUCCUGGAGGAGGGUCUUCACAGCAUAGGUUCUUGGGUUUAGGUUUAGUGGGUAUAGACGAAUUGUUAGCGGCACCUUCACAAAGACAACAAAUUGCAUUACAAACGCGGCCGAUGGAAGAACACGAUGUUUCUGGCACACUCACUGUUGAGUUCCUAUUCAUUGAAGGCGCCGAUAUCCCAGACAUGGGAUCUAAACCCCUCAAGAUCAAGGAGAGUUUACGCACCGUGUCACCGCACGGACAAACGCUUACCACUACCAAGACUGUCUUCAAACAAAACGGCAACGACGGUGCUCAGUUGACAGAGUCAGCACUACGUGAACUACAACUGAGUCCAACCAGUGCUGCCAACAAAUCUACACUUAUUAUACACUCCGUUCAAAGGGAGCCGAAAAAAUCUAUAAAGGUUGAACUAACCGACUCCGGCAAAUUCGUCGAAGUCGAACGAGAAACAUCGGAGAACGAACAAGAACAACCAAAUAAUGAACAAAAGGAAAGGACCAUAGACAAAAUAGACGAGGAGGUACCACCAAAGAGAACUGUUGGUACUCCCAACGCUUCGCCGAGUAAAAGCGUAAGGAUAAAAGAGAAUGGAGAUAAAAAGACAGAGAACGGAGAUGCGCAGGGCGACUAUGUGAACAAUCAGAAGGAGAACGCCCCCGAGCCCGCGCCAAGGCAGAAGAGAAGAAGAGACUUCUUUGGCACCAUUAAGAGAAGAUUGGGCCGGUCUCGCACUCGAGGCACGUCGCUGGACCUGCCCGACUCGGACGUCGACAACCAGAACCGCGUCCGAAGCAUCAGCGCCGAAAGGAAUUCACAUGAUAAAGCCUUAUCCGUCCCCAAUAGAAACGUAUAUUCCGCCGGAGCGUCGCCCGCGCAGUCAGGAGAUGAGUCUAGGACAUCCAGAAGGUCCUCUCUCAGCGAAAUGUCCGGGUUUUCCACCGCAUCUGCGAGGACAUUCAUCCAUGAAGCGUCUACGUUAGUAUUGGAAACUAUGGAAGCUGGAAUUAAGAAACAUUACCUGGUACCACUGACGGUCGCGCAGAGAUCAAGAUGGCGACGGAAGGGGGUCAAACUGCACAUUUACAAUGAGCACACGUUCAUCGCUAAGCAUCUUAGCGGUGGCACAGUGUGCGAGGUAUGCAACAAGACGAUAGCGCGGCGACUCGGCAAGCAGGGCUACGAGUGCCGCGACUGCUGCCUGCGCUGCCACAAGCACUGCCACGUCAAGGUCACCGGCACCUGCCACGCCUCCACCGUGCACAAUAUGGAGCUGUCAUACAUCUCAUCGCCGUACACGGAUAAGAAUAUAAGGAUGUUGUGAUUGUUUAAUAAAAUGAAAACAUUAUGCGCUUGGAUAUGCACAAAAGCAUCACUUCGUCUACCCAUCUACUUAAAAUAAUAAUUUAUAUUGGAAAACAUAACAGUAAUUAAUAAUAAAAAUUAUUGUACCACAAAAGUAAUCUCUUUUAAGUACAACCACUUAUGUAUGGUACACUACUUAUAUUGUAUACAUUGUAUAAAUGCUUUUUUUACAAAUGAUAUUUAUAAUUAUUAAAUGUUAUAAUAAUAGUUGUAAGUUAAAAAGCAAGUGUAGAGAUCUUAAAUGCGUCCCGUCGCUAAAUAUUCAAGAAUCAAGAUAAACAUUUUAAAAGUUCCCCGCUUUAAAUCAUUGAUAACAUCGGCAAAUAUAGAGUUAAUAGUGUAGGUAUCGCUAGUAUAAACAACUGACCAUCAAUCGGCGCCAUUUUGUUUUCUCAACAAAAAAUCAAUCGCUAAAGAGGAUUUUUAAAGCCCUUAAAAGUGAGAUAUGUUUUCCCCUAAAAUCUCUACCUCAUUUCAGAGCUACGACAAUACACAUUUUGAAGUUACCAGUCAAAUUGUUUAUUAUUAAAAAAAUUUUUUUUGUUGUUUUAUGUUAAUUAUAAAUUUUAUUGUGAAAAAAAAAAGUUAUGUUUACACCUACUCG